AUGCCUAUGGCAUGUAGCGUUAAAGGGUGUAAAAGUCUAUGGAAAAAACAUUCCAAGAUAACAUUUCAUAGAUUUCCAUCUAAAAAUGAAAAUUGUUUUAAAUAUUGGAUUAUGGCCACUGGAAUUGAUGGUUUGAAUUCGAAUGCACGAGUAUGCAGUUUACAUUUCACAAAUAAUGAUUAUUUUACUCAUACAAAACAUGUAAAUAGAAAGUUUCUGAAACCUGAUGUAUUUCCAACACAAUAUGUUCAUAAAAACAUAAACCAAAUGCUACAAGAUAAAGGAAAUAAAAUCAACAAAUUUGAACAAAAUGAUGUUAUGCUUAUUGAUGAGCAACAAGUUGAGCAAGAUGAUGUUAUGCUCAUCGAUGAGCAACAAAUUGACCAAAAUGAUAAGGAACAAAAUGAUGUUACUUCUAUAUCAAAAUGUUUAAAUUGUGAGAAGUUAUCUGGAGAGAAUAAAAUAUUGAAACAGAAAAUAAUAGACCUAAAAAUAUUACUGGAAGAACGAUUAGAGCAACAAGCCAGCACGUUUAAUAUUAUUAUUAAUAAUAAAGAAGCUGCAUUAAAACAAAGCUUGGAAUCAAAGAAAAAGCACAAUAGAGCUUUAAUUAAAAGCAUACAACCAAUAUUAUUAACCCAGAUAGCACAUGGAACUCCUAUGGACGUCCAAUGGACAUUCGAGUUUGGACAUGUGGACGUCCAUAAGAUGUCUGAAUUAAGUCCGACGGAUAUCCAUUGGACAUCCAUAAGACGUCGGUUAUUCACUACUUCGGAUGUCCAAAAAACAAUCCAAAAAAGGACUUAA